UUAAAAGCACAACUGAAAAUGGCUCCAACAAACUCAGACAUUUGGGCUCAAUCAAUUAUGUGCAACGACAACAUGAGAAGAAGGUUCAAUGAUGAGCAGAUUAAGUCAUUAGAAAACAUGUUUGAGACAGAGUCAAGGCCUGAAUUGAGGACAAAACAGCAAUUGGCUAAAAGACUUGGCCUGCAGCCAAGACAAGUAGCUAUAUGGUUUCAGAACAAGAGAGCUAGAUCGAAAUCGAAGCAACUUGAAUUGGAGUAUAGAAUGCUUCAAAUCAGUUAUGACAACUUAGGUUCCGAAUAUGAAUUACUGAAAAAAGAGCAUGAAUCCCUCCUCAUCCAGCUGCAGAGACUUAGAAAGUUAAUGGAAAAGGAUGAGAAAGAUGUCAUUAAAUCAGAAACGGAAGUGAAACAAGAUGAUUUUGGCUUACCUUUGUGUGAAGACAGCAGGGGAAUUGACUACUUGGGACCAGAAUCUGAUAUUUUAGACAUGGCACAAAUAGCUGAUGGCUUAUCGGAGAUUGAAAAUGGAUACAACUUCGAGUCGAGAACGUUUCUUCAUGAUAAUACUGCUUGUACAUCACCAUUGUGGGAAUUUUAAUUACUUUGCUGUCUGUUACACAACCUU